AUGGGAAACAACUCUCAACAUAUUGAUGGCUUGCUACAACAAUUAAACCAAACAUUUCGGAUGAAGAACCUGGGCUCUCUAGCUCAGUUUCUCGGAAUAUCUGUACAGCACACAGAGAAAGGGCUCAUACUACAUCAAGCAACAUAUGCAGAACAAAUUUUGAACAAAGCAGGUAUGUUCAACAGCAAGAUGGUCUCUACACCCAUCAGUUUCAAAACUGAUAGACAACCAGAUUCUCCGGCAUUUGACAACCCAAAGCUCUAUCGUCAACUAGUGGGUGCACUACAAUAUUUGACAUUAACAAGACCAGACAUUACCUAUGCUGUUAAUAGAGCUUGCCAGCAUAUGCAUCAACCGACUGUAUCUAACUUUGAAUUCCUGAAAAGAAUUCUACGCUACAUAGCCGGUUCCAAACAAACAGGAAUUCCGAUUGGUGCAGAAUCAUUGAAACUAAGUUCCUACACCGACUCCGACUGGGCCGGAGAUUCACAAGAUAGGAAAUCCACAACAGGAUAUUGCAAUUUCUUGGGAUCUACUCCAAUCUCAUGGUGUGCAAAGAAGCAAACCACAGUGGCGAGGUCUUCGACCGAGGCCGAAUACAGAGCCAUUGCGUUAACAACCACUGAGAUCAUUUGGCUGAGGCGGCUACUUGAAGAACUAGACUGCAUACAGGCAAAACCGACACCAUUGUAUUGUGACAAUACUUCAGCUAUAGCAUUAGCAAAUAAUCCCGUAUAUCAUGCGAGAACAAAACACAUAGAAAUUGAUUGUCACUUUAUACGAGAAUGCAUCAAAAAUCAGUUCAUACAAGUGCAUCACAUUGCUUCCAAGGAUCAGAUAGCUGAUUUAUUUACCAAGCCUCUUUCCAUUUCUCGCUUCAAGCAACUCAUUACCAAACUAACAGUUCCGACUGAACCAUUAGUUUGCAGGGGAAUGUUGACAGCUCAGCAAGAAUGGAAAAACAACGAAAACAAAUAG